AUGCCGCCCUCACCACGUCAACGAAAACAACCCUCACCUCACAUAUCAAAACGAUCAUCGCCGUCGCCACCACCAUACAACCUUAAACUCCCUCAAACCCUCUUGACCUUCCCCGAAGUCCCAGAAUGGUACGCAGACAAUCCACACAUUCACUCAGGCUACCGGCCCAUCUCAAAGUCCACCCAAAAAUCCUUAUCCAGCCUCUUCUACCUCCACAAUGAAUCAAUCAACAUCUACUCCCAUCUCAUUCCCGCAGUAGCAUUCCUGCUUGCUGAGUAUGCGCUCUACCGAUAUAUCCAGAUAUGGUACCCGCAUACCCCAAUCAACGACCAGAUCAUCUUUGCUUUCUUCCUCCUAACAGCGACGGUCUGUCUUGGUUUCUCAGCAACUUUCCACACGCUAAUGAACCAUUCGGAGAGUAUUUGUCAUUCUUGGCUGCAGUUUGAUUUCGUCGGGAUUAUCAUCCUCACCCUGGGCGACUUUGUUUCGGGAAUCAACAUGGUUUUUUACUGUGAGUCGGAUCUGAAGUUUAUAUACUGGGGCAUGAUCGGGAUACUCGGCUUAGCUUCACUCAUGGUACUAGUUAAUCCCAAAUUCCAAGGUCUCCGCUGGCGGACUUUUCGUGUGGGCACCUUCAUGGCAAUGGGCGUUUCGGCCAUCGCGCCUCUUCUUCACGGAAUUAUGCUUUUCGGCUUUCGGCAGAUGAUGCGGCAAUCUGGGGCUCCAUAUUAUAUUGUUGAGGUUUUGCUCCUUGGGCUCGGCGCUAUCAUUUACACGACACGUAUACCGGAGUCUCUAAGUCCCGGAAAAUUCGAUAUCCUCGGAUCCUCUCAUCAGAUUUUUCAUAUUUUGGUAGUGAUUGCUACUGUCUUGCAUCUUGUUGGGGUCCUGUCGGCUUUUGAUUAUAACUACCACAAUCGUGUUUGUGGAGAAACUUCUCGGGUAAAACUUGUUUAG